GUGGACUGUAAAGUUACGGGCUUCUUCCUUUGCUCCGGUUUGUAUUUCGUCAGCCACGAGAUUCCAAGUCCAGCAGACAGAAGAGUUUCUCCGCAGAGCUUCAGGAACAUGGGAGACCCUGUGACCGAGUACACGGCCCGGCUGCAGCAACAGGAGCAAGAGAUCCAGCGUCUGUCUGCAGAGAUCAAAAAUCUUGAAAACUCCCAGAACCUCAGUCCAUCUCCACGCCUGGAAGAGCUGCGGGAGGAAAACACCCGACUCAAGUACCGCCUCAACAUCCUGAAGAAGAGUCUGCAGGAAGACUCACUGAGUCAACGCGGCAAAGCCAUGUUAAACAUCAACCAGCGACUUCAGGAGGUCUUCGGCGAGGCCAUCCGGGCCUCCUGCCCCGAGCUUGACAACCCGCCACUUUCCAUUGCGCCCAGCCAGCAGGGCAAGUUUGGGGACUACCAGUGCAACAGCGCCAUGAGCAUGUCCCAGAUGCUGAAGGCAAAGGGGAUAAAGAUGAACCCGAGGGAGAUCGCAGAGAAGAUUAUCACAAAUCUUCCAGACAACGAACUCGUCCAGAAAACGGAGGUCGCAGGGCCAGGUUUCAUCAACAUCUACCUGCAGAAGACAUUUGUGUCCAAACAGCUGAGCAACUUGUUGAUUAACGGAGUGCAACCCCCACCACUGCCAUCCAAGAAGAAGGAGUCAAAGAAGCGCUUUGACAUGGACGAGGAGUUUAAGAAGCGGGCGUACCAGUGUGUCGUCAAACUGCAGAGCAAAGAGCCGGAGUUCAUCAAAGCCUGGAACCUCAUCUGUGACGUGUCCAGGAAAGAGUUUCAGAAAAUUUACGACUGCCUGGACAUCAAGCUCAUCGAGAGAGGAGAGUCGUACUACCAGGACCAAAUGGUUGAGGUGGUGAAGGAGUUUGAGAAGAAAGGCCUGGUGGAGCUCGACGAGGGUCGUAAGGUCGUCUUCCCCCCAGGGCAGCCCAUCCCCCUCACCGUCGUCAAGUCAGACGGGGGCUACACCUACGACACGUCAGACCUCGCGGCCAUUCGCCAACGAAUCUUCGAAGAGAAGGCCGACAUCAUCAUCUACGUCACCGACAGUGGACAGUUUGAGCACCUCGUCUCCGAGCGUUGGGUUUCAUCUUGUCGUCGUGUGAGCGAUCGCUGCGCUCUGAUUGGUGGUUUGUUAGCCGGCGUCCUCGCACUGAGCCGCUGUUUCUGCCGUUUCCUCCACAGGAAGAAGUUUAAGACUCGUUCUGGAGACACGGUGAGGCUGAUGGACCUGCUGGACGAGGGACUGAAGAGGUCCAUGGACAAGCUGAAGGAGAAGGAGCGAGACAAGCUCAAACAAGGAAACGUCACAUUCUUUGGACCCGGGUCGGUCUAUAGGCUGCUGGACCCGACCGAGAGUAACCCAUUGGAUCCCAUUGGGUCCCAGUACAGCCCAGUAUGGGGUAACCAGUGUAUUCUGAGCAGGAAGAGCCGGUCCAUCACCCGUCUGGCCAAAAUCGACGAGGCCACGCUGAAGAAGGCGGCAGAGACCACGGAGAUCCUCUUGGACCACGACAAGGAGUGGAAGUUGGGGAAGUGCAUCCAGCGUUUCCCGGAGAUCCUGCAGAAGAUUCUUGACGACCUGCUCCUCCAUACGCUGUGCGACUACCUGUACGAGCUCGCCACCACUUUCACAGAGUUCUACGACAGCUGCUACUGCGUGGAGAAGGACCGGCAGACGGGUGAGGUGAUCAAGAUCAACAUGUGGAGGAUGCUGCUCUGCGAAGCCACUGCAGCCAUCAUGGCCAAAAGCUUUGACAUCCUGGGUCUGACCCCGGUCGAGAGGAUGUGAUGUCAGAGUUCAGAACGAGGGGAAGCCUGAAGAUGAACCUUGGCAGUCUGAACUCAGUGAACCGGAAGAGUUAUUUUUCCAUAACACUUAUUAAAUCAAACAUGGGACGGGGAAAUCAUUGUGUUCGACUCAUUUAUUAAUGUCUCGUGUGAAGGAUCUUUUUAUUAAAGGGCGAUUGUGAAACCAAAA